AUAAUGUCAACUGAUGUCAAAGGACCGUUGCCAGCAAAUUGGGAAAUUGCCUACUCGGAACAAGGAGAAAAAUAUUUUAUUGAUCAUAAUACAGGUACAACUCAAUGGGAAGAUCCGCGAGAUUUGCCGGAAGGAUGGGAAAAAGUUGAAGAUAAAGUUUAUGGAACUUUUUAUGUUGAUCAUAUUAAUAAACGUACACAGUACGAACGCCCAUCUAAUAAUAAUACGAGAAGUAAUGGCAUCGAUUGGAAAAACGCUUCUUCAGCGUUAUCAACAGGAGAAUAUGAUAAUGAUAAGAAUAACAGAAGCAUUCGAGUAAAUAGUGAUAAUAAUAUGCCUUCCUCGUAUUUACAGUCAUCUUCUAAUAUGUUUACAAGGUUAUUUUUUUCAGAUAUGCUUUUUUCAUUAUCUUUUAUCUUUACUAUAUUCGCAGAAUUAAUUUUUUGCAGAGAUCCAUCUCAACUUCGGGGUGAAAUUUUAACAACAAGAAUAGUGAAAGGUGUAAAAGGACUUGGUUUCACGUUAAUUGGUAACGAUGGUAGUUCACUUUAUGAGGAAUUUCUUCAGAUUAAAAAUGUGAUUCCCGGCGGUCCUGCACAUCGUGAUGGUGUCCUUCGUCCAGGUGAUGUACUGGUCUUUGUUAAUAAUGAAUGCGUUCUUGGUGCGACUCAGUCACAUGCUUGUCGAAUAUUCCAGUCGAUUAAUGUUGGUGAAAUGGUUAGCCUAAGAGUGUGUCGGGGAUAUCAGUUAUUUAUUGAUCCUUGCAAUAAGAUUGUUCUUGAAAACGCAUAUACAAAAUUUCAAGAUGAACGCGAAAUUCUCAUCAGAAAGGGAGAAGACGGCUUUGGUUUUACGAUUUUCGAGAGUUUGCAAGGCCAAAGAGUGAAGAAGAUUUUAUAUCCGGAAAGGUGUGAAAAUUUGCUGGAGGGAGAUACAUUGCUGCAAAUUCGGACGUCUUAUCCAAAUGGAUCACCUACAUCUACCGAUAUUCAAGAACAGAUCAUUGAUUUUCGAGGAAUGCCUCACCAUCAGUUGGUUUCUAUUCUACGCGAUUGUCCGGUUGGAUUCUGGGCUCAUUUACUCGUUCGUCGAAAUUCUCCUAACCAUCGUUCACGAACUCCAACCGCAGGAUUUCGUUAUGGUGAACAACGAUCAACUCCCGUUCCUUCCGUAAUGCCUCGUUCAAGGACACCUGCACCACAACCAACACCUGGAUCUCACAGUAAUCCCCGAAAUACUCUACCUCGGCAGUAUGAAAAACAUAUUAUUAAUGAUACAUACGAAAAUCUUUCUCAUUUACGACCUUCUUCAACAAGUUUGGGUUUUGCAACACCCAAUUACGUACCGAUAAAUCCAGUAUAUAACGAUUCUUCCGAAACUGUUACGGUGAAUUUAAUAAGAAAACCGAAUGGUUUUGGGUUUAGAAUUGUUGGUGGAUCAGAGGAAGGAACAAUGAUAACGAUUGGGCAAGUUGUACCCGGUGGAGCUGCAGCAGAUGAUGGGCGUUUGCGUCCUGGCGAUGAAAUUGUAGAAAUAGAUGGGAAGAACGUUUUAGGUGAAAGUCAUAAUACUGCUGUACAAUUGACUCAAAAAGCAGCUGCUAAUGGCCAUGUAAAGCUCGUUGUACGACGUCCUAAAGAAUGUCGUAGAUCAGCAUUUUCUUCUGAUGUUAAUACUCUUCUUACAACCUAUGACGUUGUACUUCAUCGUAAUGAAACUGACGGAUUUGGUUUUGUUAUUAUCUCUUCAGCCAACAGAAUUGGCAGUACCAUUGGAAAAAUAAUAGAAGGAUCCGCAGCAGCUCGAUGUGGGCAAUUAAUGAUUGGUGAUAGAGUAAUGGCAGUAAAUGGAAUCGAUAUCAUGAACUUGCCCCAUAAUGAAAUCGUUGAUCUUAUAAGAGAUUCUGGGCUGUCGGUUCGGCUUACUAUUGCACCUAGCACAAAUUUUCGAGAGCAAUAUAAUGGUAUAUAUGUUUUUAUAUAUAUGUUUUGGCUUUUUUCUUCUUUUUCUACAAAUUUCCUUAGUUCAGGCUCUCUAAUACCGGUUGAAUUAGAUCGCGGUCCGAAAGGUUUUGGUUUUUCCAUUCGUGGUGGUCAAGAAUUCGGCGCUAUGCCAUUAUUUGUUUUACGAAUUGCUGAAGACGGGCCCGCAGCUAGAGAUGGCCGAUUAAGAAUCGGUGAUCAGUUAAUGGAAAUAAAUGGUCGAAGCACGAAAGAAAUGACACAUGCAACUGCAAUACAAUUAAUCAAGCAAUAUAAUUGCGUGAAAUUGGUUGUUCGGAGGGCAAAAAAUUUUUAA